GGAGUAAAAGGAAGUAGAAUGUUCUCUGGUUCAAGAGAUAAUACUAUAAGAGUUUGGGAUCUUGAUACAAUGGAGUGCAUCGAGACUCUAUAUGGACACACAAGUGCAAUUAUGUCGUUGAUUUGCUGGGAAACCUAUUUACUGUCUGGUUCAAUGGAUGGAACAAUUAAGGUUUGGGCUGAUAAAGAAAGUGGGCAUAUUGAAGUAAUUCAUACACAAGAAGAGGGACAUGGUGUUAUAGCUCUUGGUGGCAUUCACGAUGAAGAAGAUAAGGCGAUUCUUUUGGUUUCUUGUGAUGAUAGUUGUGUUCGUUUAUACGAUUUGCCUUCAUUUGAAGAGAGGGGCAGAUUGUUUGCGAAGAAGGAAGUUUGUGCUAUUGAAGUGUUGGGUUCCAAGGGUAUUUUCGUCACUGGAGAUGCGACGGGGCAGUUAGCUGUAUGGAAAUUAGAUGGAAAGCCUUCUUCUCUUCGAUGAUUUCUUAUCAAAUAAGUUUGAAUAGGAAAUGUAAUAUAAAUACUUUUAUAUGAAGAAUGUCAAAUUAGAUGUUUGUUUUUCUUU